AUGAAGUCAAUAUCUUUCUUUUUGCUUAAUCUGCCAUUGGUACUCGCUGUGCCUUUGUCGAGCAGGACAGACUAUGCCAUCAAGAGCUCGCACAUUGCUCCCCGUGAAUGGACGAAGCUGAGCAGAGCAGACCUGGACCAUCUCAUCAGUCUUCGAAUUGGUCUGAAGCAGAACCAAUUCGACGAGUUAGAACGACACUUGUACGAAGUGAGCGAUCCCAAUCACUCUCGCUAUGGCCAGCACCUGUCCUUGGAAGAUGUGCAGGGUCUCAGCGCUCCGACUGAGCACAGCUGCGAUUCCGUGCAUGAAUGGCUCGAGGGUCACGGCAUCACCAGGGAUCACGUCGAAUACAGCCCUGCAAAGGACUGGUUCAAGAUGACGCUGCCAGUCUGGCAAGUCGAGAAGCUUCUGGAUACCGAAUAUCAUCAAUACGGCCACGAGAACGGCAAGCAGAUUGUCCGAACUACUCAAUAUAGUCUACCAAAGUCGCUGCACAACCACAUCGACGUCGUUCAGCCGACCAACUUCUUUGGAAACUGGAAACUCCACUCGACCGACUCGAGAAUCGCCGACUUGUCGGUGCCUGUCGAGGAGGCUUCCGUGCAAAGCUCUUCCUCGUCUGCCGCCGCAGCUGCAGCGCCAGCGUCUUGUGUGACGGGCUCACAAGCCGUGUCGCUCCAAUGUCUUCGCGACUUCUACAGAACCAGCAACUACACCCCUCAGGUGCCAAAGAAGAACUAUGUUGGCACCACGAACUACUUGGGCCAAGUGCCUUCCGUUGUCGACUUCAAGGCCUUCAUGACCACCAACCGGCCAGAUGCCAACCCGACAUAUCAGUUCACCACGCAGCUGAUCGCCAACGCUUCUAACAAUCAAGCCAGUCCCGGUGUCGAGGCAGAUUUAGACGUCGAGAUGGUAGGAGGCUUUGCUGUCCCAACCAACUUCACGACGUACAGCACGGGUGGAUCGCCGCCCUUCAACCCAGAUCAAAACACCCCAACGAAUACCAAUGAGCCUUAUCUGACCUGGUUGGACUACGUCCUUGGGCAGAAGAGCGUUCCAUACGUGAUCACUACCUCGUAUGGUGACGAUGAGCAGACAGUUCCACUCGACUAUGCUCAACGAGUCUGCUCAGAACUUGCUCAACUUGGCGCUCGUGGUAUCACGCUCCUUUUUAGCAGUGGUGAUAGUGGAGUGGGUGCGAACGGAACUUGCGUCUCGAACGACGGAACCAACAAGCAGCAAUUCUUGCCAGCUUUCCCGGCUUCGUGUCCUUAUGUCACCACUGUUGGCGGAACGCGAGACUUUGCUCCAGAGCAGGUGGCAUUUGACACUGGCAAUGGCUACGUUGCUGGAAGCGGUUUCUCCAACUACUUUGCCCGCCCUGACUAUCAGCAAGCUGCCGUCUCAGCAUACUUGACGACUCUCGGAACCAAGAACCAGGGCCUGUACAACACGACCGGUCGUGCGUAUCCAGAUAUCUCCGCUCAGAGCUACCGUUUCCUCGUCAACUACAUGGCUGCCCCGACACCCGUCGAUGGGACCAGUGUUGCUAGCCCAUUGGCGGCAGGCAUCCUCACACUUAUUAACGACGCCCUGAUCGCCAAGGGCAAGCCUACUCUUGGUUUCCUCAACCCGCGACUUUACUCCACCAACGGAGCUGGUUUCAACGACAUCGUCACUGGCAGUAGCACUGGAUGCGAUACUGCUGGAUUCCCUGCUGGAAAGGGAUGGGAUGUCGCUUCUGGGUUCGGAACGCCGGACUUUGUUAAUAUCAGAGCUUCGCUGGGCGUUUAG